AUGAAUCGUCAAGGCGUCCCAGCGAGAAUUCGAGAAAUCCUCAGAGAAGCAAGGCUGACAAAGACGAGAGUGAUAUACGAGGGAGCCAACAAGAGACGACGGGAGGAAGAAGAAAAGGAGGCGGCGAAGGCUGAAAGAAUUGCUUAUUCGAUCCUCGAGAGCCCCCGGAUACGCAGGGCGAAUGGAGGGCGAAUGUCUCCUGCCAAACGGGAGAUGCGUUGUGGGGGGGCGAAGGAGGACCUUUCAUCAAAAAGAGGGAGAGAUGAGAGAGGUCAUGAUGACAAACCUGGCCCGUUUAGGGCUUUUCUGCCAGCCUCGAUACCGGCCCUGAACAUGAAAGAUUUCGGUUUUUUACAGACCCCUUACGAAACAACCACCACCUCGAGCACCCCCAUUGGCCGGCCGCGGGAAAUAUUACACUCCAGCGCCGAAGUGCCGUAUCGAGCCGGUUCCAUCGGCGGUGCCUUAGCUGGGAACCGCAGCGAACAAAAACGUCAGACGCAAGGAAAACCAUGGGACGUUCGAAAUCAAUCACAAAAUUCACCCGUCGCUCCAUUUCAUAUUUUACCGUUGGUCGACGCCGGUGCUUCGUCGCCCAAACUUGUUACUUUUUGCUCGCGUCGGACAUCCUCUAAAGGCACUGAUAUUCAUCUGCACUUGACCACUGCAUCUCCGACAAAUUACCUAGCUCCAUCGUCUCCGCCUUUGGACAGCGACCCCGACAAAAGCCAUGCACCAAAGGGACGUCAGAUAACUGGCCCAAAGGCCUGCAUCAACCGAGCCGGUCUGGUGUGCUUUGACCCGAGCUGA